AUGCUGGCACAUCGCCGAGCAAGAGUCGCCCCCCAUGCGCGUUGUGCAGCGCUUCGAGCGAUGAGCAUGAUCAAUAGCACUCCUCAAUUCGAUGUGAUCGUUGUUGGCGGUGGUCAUGCAGGCUGCGAAGCAGCAGCUGCUGCUUCUAGAACUGGGGCUAAAACAGCGCUGGUGACGCAAAAGCUAGCAACAAUUGGCGAAAUGUCAUGCAACCCGUCAAUCGGUGGUGUGGGCAAAGGCACGUUGGUGCGGGAGGUAGACGCUCUAGGCGGCCUUAUGGGGCAAGUGGCCGACUCGGCGGGCAUCCAGUUUCGGAUGCUGAAUUUAGCUAAAGGGCCGGCGGUGAGAGGUCCACGAGCUCAAAUGGACCGAGAUUUAUAUCAGCAGGGAAUGCAGGAAGCACUGAAAAAACUGCCUAAUUUAUGGUUAGUAGAAGAGGGUGUGGACGAUCUCAUGCUGGAAAAACGAAGUCGAAGAGAGAAAGACAUUGGGGACCAAGUGAAGGGGAUUGUGACAUCUUCUGGUCGUGAGAUUUUGGCAACAAAGGUAGUAGUUACGACUGGCACUUUUCUUCGUGGUGUGAUCUACCAAGGACCAGAUAUUCGGAUUUCAGCAGGACGACACAUGCGCGAUUCCGACGGACUUGAACCCCCAGCUGUAGGACUUGCAAAGACACUCGAACGUUGCAAGUUUCCGCUUGGCCGACUGAAGACUGGAACCCCACCGAGACUUGACGGACGCACUAUUGACUAUGCAGGUCUCGAAGUCCAGCCCAGUGAUGACUCGCCAAAGCCUUUUUCAUUUUUGAACGAGCAUUCUCCGGUGCCUCUGGCUAGUAAGCAGGUGGUUUGCCACGCUACAUAUACUAACGAGGAAAGCCAUCGUAUCGUGCGUGAAAAUCUGCACAUGCUGCCGCAGUAUGACGGAGGUCGAGAUGGUGAAGGUGUGGGGCCGCGGUAUUGUCCGUCCAUCGAUGCCAAGGUUGUUCGCUUCGCUGACCGCUCGAGGCAUCAGCUUUGGCUUGAACCCGAGGGAUUGAAAUCCCAGAUUGUUUACCCGAAUGGUAUCAGUACCGCGCUGCCUAAGGAAUUGCAACUCAAGUUGCUUCGCACGAUCAAGGGCCUCGAAAAAGUGGAGCUUGUGCGCGCUGGAUACUCCGUCGAGUACGAUUACGUGGACCCACGAUCGUUGCGACCGACACUGGAGACGAAGAUGCUGCCAGGAUUGUAUUUAGCUGGUCAGAUUAAUGGCACCACCGGAUACGAAGAAGCCGCGGCGCAAGGCAUUGUGGCUGGUAUGAAUGCUGGACUAAGUGCUAGGGGACUAAAGCCGCUCGUUCUUGACCGUGCCGACGCGUUCACCGGAGUGCUCAUCGAUGAUCUCAUCUCGCUUGGCACCACGGAACCGUACCGAAUGUUUACUUCGCGGUCAGAGUAUCGUCUGCUGCUUCGUGCAGACAACGCCGAUCUGCGUCUUACUCGCAAGGCGUUCGAUCAUGGCGCUGGUAUUUCACGUGAGCGCAUGGAGAAGCUGGAGCACAAAGAAAAGUCAAUGGAAUACGCCCGUAAGGCACUAGAUGAAUUUGUGCGAGACCCUUACGAGUGGAAUCGCCUUGGUGUCAAAGUGGGUCUCGACGGAGUGAAACGUAGUGCUGCUCAGGUUCUGGCGUUUUCUACUGUGACUCCGCACGAUAUUGAGUGCAUUUGGCGUGACGUUGGGUACGAGCAUGCGAAUGCAUUACCCGACGAAAUCAAAGAGCUUAUAAAGACAGAGUGUCUCUACGCAACGCAACUACGUGCCCAGCACCAGGAGAUCCGCGUAUUCCGCGAUAAACAACACGUACAGAUCCCGACGUGGGUCGACUACUCUGAGCUACUUAUGAUUUCAAACGAGGAAAGGGAAAAGCUUCAUCAUGCACAGCCGACCACAAUAUAUGCCGCCAGUCGCAUUGCCGGCAUCCGUUCAUCAACGCUAUUGCUACUCUACCAAAUAGCCAUGCGUCAGCUACCCGAUGGACAAACGAAGAAGCAGCGUAGGCGCAAGGCCAUUGCUGAACAUGCGGCUGGCACCGAAUAA